GUUUGACCACCCAAACUUUCUCUAACCAGUGACCGUAAUCACCCAGAACUUCGGAAUAUCCUAUCAUGAACGAAGUUUUGAAAAAUACCCAUGUAUUUGUGGAUGUACUACGUAUGGCAAGGAGUGACGAAGUGAAGCAAUGGGACGAAAGUGCCUUCGAAAAAGCUUUCAAAUGGGCCGGUUACUUUGAAGAGGUUUAUCAUAAGUUGCAGACAAAGCCUUCAUUAGCAGAAAAACUGGAUAAAUAUCUUGAUAACUUCAAUAAAUCUGGGCAAAUAUACCUAGGAGAUCUUAGAUUAUCCUUGGCAGUUCUUGAUAAUUCAAAGUCCUUACUCAGAAGGUUUCUACUUCAAAAUCCUCAUUUGUCAGAGAGCCAGUUCCACUUGACACUCAAACUAUAUGGCUUAACUGUAGGCAAUACACAAAAUUGUACCGACAUUUCUGACUUUCUCACUGACUCUUUCCACUUGAGCCAAACAAGAGCUGCUGUACAACUGUUGUGUAAAAUGAGGGAUAGGUUGACUGAAGAUAUGAGAUCUUUUCAAGGAAAACCAUUAAAGAAAUGUGACUCAUCAACUUCUUCGACAAGUCUAAUGGAAUUUCCAGGUUCAAUUACCUCGGCAGACAUUUCCAUGAAUGCAGCUGCACAUUGUUUAUUCAAGCAUGUUCAGCAUCAGUUAAAGUUUGGACUCAAAGAUGUCAGCAAGAACAAGAGAGUCCUCUGUGACAAGCUGACAGAGCUAGCUAAGCAGGACAAUGGACUGACAAGCAUUAUUGCAUCACUGGUUUUGACUCCAGAUGACUGUCAGUCUACUCAAGACUCUGAGACUGUCACUCAGCUAAUUUUGGAGUGGGUCUUGGAGUUCUUUGCCAGAUGCAAACCAGAUCCUCGUUUGAUGACCAUCCCUCCCCACAUACUCACCAGAGUAGCCUUUAUGUAUCCUGCCUUUUUUGAACUGUACUUGUCCCAUCUGCUGAGCUGGGCAGAGAAAAUGACCCCCUAUGUCUGCAGCAACGAAGAGAAGUGUUGCACUCCGAGAGGAAUUCAGUGGAGAUACCAGGUCCAAGAACGUUCGGUGAGACUUCAAGACAUUGAAAAUGGACACCUUGCAUUUACAAAUCUCGCUGAUCACCUGAGGCUUCUAAUAACUGGGCCUGCGUCUGUUGCUGAUGCAACAUACAGAGAACUUCAAUGUCGGUUUGCCGAGAGAGAAUCAGUAAUUGAUAGUCGUCGAUGUAGAAAUACUCUUGAUUCACUGAAUUUGAACAUUUGGGAAGACCUUGGAGCUUUGUUACGUUCAAAUACAAACUUCUGACGACUGUGGCAAGUUGGCGAACUUAAAAUGCGUUUUUCUUUGCUGACUUUUCUUGUUUUUCCUUCAUCUUUGUCAUAGGAAAAAUACUAACCAAGAUUUAUAGUAAAUGUAAAUGCUUUCUCGCUAACUUCUGCGCCAAACAAACGGAACAUGGUUGAAGUUUUAGCGUUUGUAUUGAACUUUCUCAUUGCAAUUAGCACAAUGAAUAGUGGUAGUUCAUAGCUUUACCUUUUCUCUAGUUUCAAAUGUUCCAUCUUUCAACCGAGAAACAAAGUUAUUAAAAAUUAGAUAAUCAUUAACUCAGGUUGUUAACCAGCAGUAAAAAGCCUUUCGAUUUCCUUAUCACUGAUGGUUCUCAGAAGUUUUGAGACCAAUCUUCCGUUGAGUGUCAAAAGUAAUCCGAGAUUGUAUUGGUUUUGCUUUACUUAGCACUGAUUGGUUUAGGAAAGUCGCGAAACUUUCUCCACCAAUCAAAUGCAAAACUGAUACCAAUCACAACUUGGUUGCCCGCGUUUUCCCGCGCUUUAGGCAGUUUGGUUGUUUUUGCCUAUAGUUCUCAUGGGCUCUUGAGGGUAUUUUUCUGUCUUCUGAUUGAAUGUUGUAAUAACUUUGGUUUUGGUUCAACGACACUGAAUCGAAAAGCGCUAUAUGUGUAGAUUUAAUCAGAAGUAAAAAAUAUCCUUGGAAUUUCUCGUACCGCACACUUUGAGGAAUCAUCUGAACUAGUUUUAAAUAAAAACAAGCUUAACUA